CCAAAUGUUGUUUAAUUUUGUUUUUCUGUAGAGGUUUUUCGGGAAGUGUGCAAUUUUCCGUGGAGGAUACAAUAGAGACCGUAACACAACACCAGUCGCCGGUCGGCGUUUGACAGACGAACUGAAAAAUAACCAAUCGACGAGAUGGCCAAAACGAAGCAUCAAAAAUCCAAACCUAACAAACAACCUCAUGCUAAAAAGCAUGGAAAGCAGGCUGAUAUUUCUGAAUUUCGAGCUCAGCUUGAUGCAUUGGGCUUAAAGAUUAUACAAGUGACGGCAGAUGGAAAUUGUUUCUUCAGGGCAUUAGGUGAUCAAUUGGAAGGCAAUGAGGAGGAGCAUGAGAAAUAUCGAGCUAUGACUGUAAAAUUUAUCAGGAAUAACCGUGAUAUGUUUGAGCCUUUUAUUGAAGAUGAUGUACCAUUUGAUGAAUAUUGUGAGUCCAUGGAGAAGGAUGGCACUUGGGCUGGACAUAUGGAAUUACAAGCAGCUUCUCUUGUUACUCAUACCAAUAUAUGCAUCCACCGACAUAUGUCACCUCGCUGGUACAUACAGAAUUUUGACAACCGUGAAUCUCGGAUGCUUCAUCUUUCUUAUCACGACGGAGAGCAUUACAAUAGCAUUCGGCUAAGGGAAGAUUCUUGCACUGGACCAGCUAUCCCGAUUAUUAUCAAGGCUGAUGCUGAUCUUUCAGCAAAAUCUCGUGAAGUUAUAGCUGCUGCCAAGUCUAAGGGAGACACUAGUCGAAAUAUGGUUCAAGAAGGAUCAGUCAAAAUGGUUAUGGCUGGAAGUGGGUGUGAUAACAAACAAAAAGUGGAGCAGGUAUUACGACAAGUUGGUGGUGAUGUUGAUGCUGCAAUAGAAUUUCUGAUCGCAGAACAAGGAUCCGAGGACCAGUUAGAUGCAAAUGAUAACAUUUCUUCUUUGGCAAGCACUUCACAAGGGUCUUUAGGAGAGCAUGCUAUCAAAUCUGGAGACUCACCUUGUAAAAGAGGUUCCUCUGACUGUAGUGUAAAAGGAGCUUCUGAUGAACACACCUCCCUGGAAGAUGAAAAGAAAAUUCCAAGAAAUAAGGCCUGUCCCUGUGGUUCAAAGAAGAAAUACAAGUCUUGCUGUGGAUCAGUUGCUGGAAAGCAUCCUACUAGCUUUACAGACAACCAUACAAUUGAUUAUGGAAAGGGUCGGAGAGAUAAAAAGCAAGGAAAGAAAGUUCCCCCUGUCAAUGUUACGACUUCAAAACAAUCUGAUGCAAGGCCACCAGACAUGGGCGCUCUUUGUAUAUAGUCAGUAUUUUUUAGGUUUUCAUGUUCAUACCAAUUUAUCCUCUGCUUUACAAUAUGGAUGAGAUGUCACAACUUCCCUGUGGCUGGCUCACAACAUGAUUUCUGGAAGCUUGAUAUCCCAAAGUACCGUAUUUGAUAUUUCGUAGUUGCUGAUUAUUCCAUAUACUGUUUUGGAGGACCAUCAGAUCCUACAGUACUUUGUCAUCCUCCAAGGACUUGAUUCGCUGGAAGUGAGAACAUGGAGGUGAGAAUCCAAGAGGAAUUCGAUCAACUAAUUAUUGAUUUGUGAGGAAUGACCCCCAUUUAUUUUCAAGAGUACCUUGGUAUUGGCUGGUGCAACUCGCGAAACCUAUUUUAUACUAUUCAAGACUCUUAAAAUAUUUGGUUUCCAGUCCUAUUUCAAUUACAUAGUUCCUUUGAUUGUUUGGAGUGAUAAGUGAAAACUGGAACAAGCAAGAAAUCAUUCUGGAGAUCAGUUGACGUACCACAGCCAAAUCCAAGCAUUUCCUUGAGAUAAAAUAUGGCGGGUAUGAGAGUAAUAUAAUUGAUUGCAAGUGAACGCUCGUUCGUGCCUGAACUGCCAUUUUCCCCUUUGACUGAUGGACUUUUGAAUGGCAUCAGUUUUUUUUUACUGUUUCUAAUCUUUUGUUAUGUUUAAGUUUUGCUUUAAUGCAUUGUUGUUGGUGUAGUUGAAGUUAUUCCAACUGUGUAUCAUCCAAUACCCACCAAUAUCUAGGAUUUAUAUUAUACAUUAUUGAGCUGUUCUCUAAAACUUAUUUCAUCGAACAAAUUUUUCAUAUAAAGGCCGUGUUAGUUAA